AGCCCAAAUUCUGCCAUUCUCCAUAGCCCGGAGUUACAAGCACACUGAGAAAACCCAGCACGAAUGUGAGAGGAAAAGAGAGACAGAGAGAGCAAGUGACAAAGUAACUAAUAAAACCAGAAAAAAAAUAAAUAAAGUGAGGCUUCGCGCCUCGAGAAAGAACAAGAGUAUACACGAGUACGUUCAAGUUUAGUUUAGAAAGCGUGGUGGAAAACUUUUCUGGGCUGUGGCAGAAAGCUGUGGACCGCGGAAGAUGCCAGAGCAAAGGUGUUGAACUUUAACAGAAUAUAGAGGAAGACGGGAGAGAGUUUCAGCAUUAGCCUUGGAAAUUCAGAAAGAACAAGGGCUGACACGGUCCACACUAGGGGACAGGUGAAGAAGUAACACAUUUAGAGAUGGCUGAUGAGCAGGACACAAGGGAAGUGCUUUUCCCACAGUGGACGGGCACUGAUAAGCUUGGUCUCACCAUAGAACAAAAAGGUCAAGGAGAGAUUUUUGUCAAAGAGGUGAAAGAUGAGUCCCCUGCUGCUCAUACUGGAAAAGUAUAUGAAGGUGACCAAAUUGUGGGGGCCACCAUUUACUUUGAUAACAUGAGCUCAGAAGAAACGGCUGAAUUAUUAAAGACUCUAAAUCGACAUAAGGUUGGACUAAAAUUACAAAAUAAGUCUGGAGACAGGUCGCCUUGCCGUUCUCCAAUGGGGACAUUGUCACGGGAAGGACGUGGAGGGUUAGGAGGUUCUAGUUCAGACAUUCUUCUGAGUGGGGAUGACGAAGACUACAAGAGAAUCUACACUAAGAAGAUUAAACCUAGGCUAAAGUCAGAGGAUCUUGCUGAGGGUGUUGAUGUGCGCACAGAACGUCACAGCAGCACAAGCAGUGAUGGUUGCACCAUUACUACAAUCACUCGUCGAAUAACUACCUACACUGUAGACGUGCCUGGGGAGACUAGUCAGCAGAUUGAUCACUCAAGCCCUGAGUUCAAAUUUCAGGUCUUGCAGCAUGAGCAGUCGGAGGGGGAUUCUACUCAAAUUAGAUUACCACAUAGUAGCCUUGUUAGUGGUGCACAUGGAGGUAUACAAAUGGGGGACAUAACUCUUAGCGGUCCCCAUGUCACUGGCUCCACUGUGAAGCACUCUAGCACAGAAUCUGGAAAAGCAACAAGUGAAUUAGAUGGUAGUGGUAAAGAGAUUAUAAUUAAUGUGUCAGACACUGGACUGUCAGGUGGUAGAGGACAGAAGGGGAUAGAACAUUUUGGAAGGACUGAAGCUUCUGCAGGUAGUAGUGAUCUCUCUGGCAGAGUAACCAUGGGGUUAGACAAAGACAUGAGAAAUAUUUCUUCUCCAUUGGAAACUGGUUUUAAAGCUUCAAGUAUGAUGGGAGGAACUGAGGUUCCUACAGUAAAGGGCCCUGUUCUGAAUACUCGUGUUUCAGGUUUUUCCAUUAGUGGAGAUACAGGGGGCAGUAUUGGCAGGGAAUCUUUAUCUGAAGUGCGUAAGGAUGGGUCUGCUGAUAAAACCAAAUUGUCUAAAGUUACCAUAGAUGUGCAAAGGCCCAAGGAAGUUCAAAAUGUGGAAGAGAAUUUUAACAAUCAAAAUCUUAAAGAUAUUAGUCAGAGAGGUUUCAGCAUAACUGGGAAUCAAGAAAUGUCAGCUAGGGUUCAGGAACCUGAUACAGUAGUAUGUCUACCCAAAGCUGAUGUAAAAAUCACACAACCAGAUAUGGAUGUCAGGGGUCUAGAGCUUCACUUCAAAGGACAUGAGCCUACAGUCAAAGAUGUCAAAUUUGAUGCGCCAUCAAUCACUGGUCAAAUUUCUAUGCCAGAUAUAGAUUUAAAUCUCAAAGGACAAAAAAUGAAUGAUGUAAAUCUUGCUAAAGCCAAAAUGGAGAUUAAAGCACCAGAUGUGGAAAUCAAGAGUCCAGAGUUUAAUGUUGAGAAAUCUGAAGUAAGAGUCAGAUAUCCCGAAAUCAAGAUACCACCAGUCUCCGGUUCUAGGAUUGCAGUGUCUGACGAGAACUUAAAUGUAAAAGGGUCAACAUUGAAUGCACCAGAUGUUGACAUCAAAGCUUCUGAGGUUGAUAUUGGAGGACCUGAGGGAAAAAUCAAGGGCCCCAAAUUCACAAUGCCGUCGAUCUCUGGUCCAAAAAUUUCUAUGCCAGACGUUGACUUAAAUCUGAAAGGUCCUAAACUGAAAGGCGAUGUUGACGUGUCCUUUCCAAAAGUGGAAGGAGAUAUUAAAGCACCAAAAGUUGAAAUUAAAGGCCCAGAAAUGGAAGUAUCUGAGGAUGGAUUUAAGAUACCAAAGAUCAAAAUGCCAUCAUUCGGAAUGAAGGGUACAAAACUGGAAGGUCCAGAUGUAGAUGUGAAAAUCUCUAAAACUGAUAUUGACAUUAAGGCACCAAAUGUGGACAUCAAAGCUCCAGAGGUUGACAUUGAAGGACCUGAGGGAAAAAUCAAGGGCCCCAAAUUCAAGAUACCAUCAGUCUCUGGUCCAAAUAUUUCUAUGCCAGAUGUCGACUUCAGUCUGAAAGGUCCAAAACUGAAAGGUGAUGUUGACGUGUCUGUUCCCAAAGUGGAAGGAGAUAUUAAAGCACCAAAAGUGGAAAUUGAAGGCCCAGAAAUUGAAGGACCUGAGGGUGGUUUUAAGAUGCCAAAGAUCAAAAUGCCAACAUUUGGAAUGAAGGGUCCAAAACUGGAGGGUCCAGAUCUUGAUGUGAAAAUCCCUAAAGGCGAUAUUGACAUUAAGGCACCAAAUGUGGACAUCAAAGCUCCAGAGGUUGACAUUGAAGGACCUGAGGGAAAAAUCAAGGGCCCCAAAGUCAAGAUACCAUCAGUCUCUGGUCCAAAGAUUUCUAUGCCAGAUGUUGACUUCAAUCUUAAAGGUCCAAAACUUAAAGGUGAUGUUGACGUGUCUGUGCCCAAAGUGGAAGGAGACAUUAAAGCACCAAAAGUGGAAAUUGAAGGCCCAGAAAUUGAAGGACCUGACGGUGGUUUUAAGAUGCCAAAGAUCAAAAUGCCAACAUUUGGAAUGAAGGUUCCAAAACUGGAGGGUCCAGAUGUUGAUGUGAAAAUCCCUAAAGGCGAUAUUGACAUUAAGGCACCAAAUGUGGACAUCAAAGCUCCAGAGGUUGACAUUGAAGGACCUGAGGGAAAAAUCAAGGGCCCCAAAGUCAAGAUACCAUCAGUCUCUGGUCCAAAGAUUUCUAUGCCAGAUGUUGACUUCAAUCUGAAAGGUCCAAAACUUAAAGGUGAUGUUGACGUGUCUGUGCCCAAAGUGGAAGGAGAUAUUAAAGCACCAAAAGUGGAAAUUGAAGGCCCAGAAAUUGAAGGACCUGAGGGUGGUUUUAAGAUGCCAAAGAUCAAAAUGCCAACAUUUGGAAUGAAGGGUCCAAAACUGGAGGGUCCAGAUGUUGAUGUGAAAAUCUCUAAAACUGAUAUUGACAUUAAGGCACCAAAUGUGGACAUCAAAGCUCCAGAGGUUGACAUUGAAGGACCUGAGGGAAAAAUCAAGGGCCCCAAAUUCAAGAUACCAUCUGUCUCUGGUCCAAAGAUUUCUAUGCCAGAUGUCGACUUCAAUCUGAAAGGUCCAAAACUGAAAGGUGAUGUUGACGUGUCCGUUCCCAAAGUGGAAGGAGAUAUUAAAGCACAAAAAGUGGAAAUUGAAGGCCCAGAAAUUGAAGGACCUGAGGGUGGUUUUAAGAUGCCAAAGAUCAAAAUGCCAACAUUUGGAAUGAAGGGUCCAAAACUGGAGGGUCCAGAUGUUGAUGUGAAAAUCCCUAAAGGCAAUAUUGACAUUAAGGCACCAAAUGUGGACAUCAAAGCUCCAGAGGUUGACAUUGAAGGACCUGAGGGAAAAAUCAAGGGCCCCAAAGUCAAGAUACCAUCAGUCUCUGGUCCAAAGAUUUCUAUGCCAGAUGUUGACUUCAAUCUGAAAGGUCCAAAACUUAAAGGUGAUGUUGACGUGUCUGUGCCCAAAGUGGAAGGAGAUAUUAAAGCACCAAAAGUGGAAAUUGAAGGCCCAGAAAUUAAAGGACCUGAGGGUGGUUUUAAGAUGCCAAAGAUCAAAAUGCCAACAUUUGGAAUGAAGGGUCCAAAACUGGAGGGUCCAGAUGUUGAUGUGAAAAUCCCUAAAACUGAUAUUGACAUUAAUGCACCAAAUGUGGACAUCAAAGCUCCAGAGGUUGACAUUGAAGGACCUGAGGGAAAAAUCAAGGGCCCCAAAGUCAAGAUACCAUCAGUCUCUGGUCCAAAGAUUUCUAUGCCAGAUGUUGACUUCAAUCUGAAAGGUCCAAAACUUAAAGGUGAUGUUGACGUGUCUGUGCCCAAAGUGGAAGGAGAUAUUAAAGCACCAAAAGUGGAAAUUGAAGGCCCAGAUAUUGAAGGACCUGAGGGUGGUUUUAAGAUGCCAAAGAUCAAAAUGCCAACAUUUGGAAUGAAGGGUCCAAAACUGGAGGGUCCAGAUGUUGAUGUGAAAAUCCCUAAAACUGAUAUUGACAUUAAGGCACCAGAUGUGGACAUCAAAGCCCCAGAGGUGGACCUUGAAGGACCUGAGGGAAAAAUCAAGGGCCCCAAAUUCAAGAUUCCAUCUGUCUCUGGUCCAAAAAUUUCUAUGCCAGAUGUUGACUUCAAUCUGAAAGGUCCAAAACUGAAAGGUGAUGUUGACGUGUCUGUUCCCAAAGUGGAAGGAGAUAUUAAAGCACGAAAAGUGGAAAUUGAAGGCCCAGAAAUUGAAGGACCUGAGGGUGGUUUUAAGAUGCCAAAGAUCAAAAUGCCAUCAUUCGGAAUGAAGGGUCCAAAACUGGAGGGUCCAGAUGUUGAUGUGAAAAUCCCUAAAGGCGAUAUUGACAUUAAGGCACCAAAUGUGGACAUCAAAGCUCCAGAGGUUGACAUUGAAGGACCUGAGGGAAAAAUCAAGGGCCCCAAAUUCAAGAUGCCGUCGAUCUCUGCUCCAAAGAUUUCUAUGCCAGAUGUUGACUUCAAUCUGAAAGGUCCAAAACUGAAAGGUGAUGUUGACAUUUCCGUUCCCAAAGUGGAAGGAGAUAUUAAAGCACCAAAAGUGGAAAUUGAAGGCCCAGAAAUUGAAGGACCUGAGGGUGGUUUUAAGAUGCCAAAGAUCAAAAUGCCUUCAUUCGGAAUGAAGGGUCCAAAACUGGAGGGUCCAGAUGUUGAUGUAAAAAUCCCUAAAACUGAUAUUGACAUUAAGGCACCAGAUGUGGACAUCAAAGCUCCAGAGGUGGACCUUGAAGGACCUGAGGGAAAAAUCAAGGGCCCCAAAUUCAAGAUUCCAUCUGUCUCUGGUCCAAAGAUUUCUAUGCCAGAUGUGGACUUUAAUCUGAAAGGUCCAAAACUGAAAGGUGAUGUUGACAUGUCCAUUCCCAAAGUGGAAGGUGAUAUUAAAACACCAAAAGUUGAAAUUGAAGGCCCUGAAAUUGAAGGACCUGAGGGUGGUUUUAAGAUGCCAAAGAUUAAAAUGCCAUCAUUCGGAAUGAAGGGUCCAAAACUGGAGGGUCCAGAUGUUGAUGUGAAAAUCCCUAAACCUAAUAUUGACAUUAAGGCACCAGAUGUAGACAUCAAAGCUCCAGAGGUUGAUAUUGAAGGACCUGAGGGAAAAAUCAAGGGCCCCAAAUUCAAGAUGCCAUCGAUCUCUGGCCCAAAUAUAUCUAUGCCAGAUGUUGACUUCAACUUGAAAGGUCCAAAACUGAAAGGUGAUGUUGACAUGUCUGCUCCAAAAGUGGCAGGAGAUAUUAAAGGUCCAGAUGUUGAUGUGAAAAUCCCUAAAGCCGAUAUUGAUAUUAAGGCACCAGAUGUGGACAUCAAAGCUCUGGAGGUAGACCUUGAAGGACCUGAGGGAAAAAUCAAGGGCCCCAAAUUCAAGAUGCCGUCGAUCUCUGCUCCAAAGAUUUCUAUGCCAGAUGUUGACUUCAAUCUGAAAGGUCCAAAACUGAAAGGUGAUGUUGACGUGUCCAUUCCCAAAGUGGAAGGAGAUAUUAAAGCACCAAAAGUGGAAAUUGAAGGCCCAGAAAUUGAAGGACCUGAGGGUGGUUUUAAGAUGCCAAAGAUCAAAAUGCCAUCAUUCGGAAUGAAGGGUCCAAAACUGGAGGGUCCAGAUGUUGAUGUGAAAAUCCCUAAAGCCGAUAUUGACAUUAAGGCACCAGAUGUGGACAUCAAAGCUCCAGAGGUUGAUAUUGAAGGACCUGAGGGAAAAAUCAAGGUCCCCAAAUUCAAGAUGCCAUCGAUCUCUGGCCCAAAUAUAUCUAUGCCAGAUGUUGACUUCAACUUGAAAGGUCCAAAACUGAAAGGUGAUGUUGACAUGUCUGCUCCAAAAGUGAAAGGAGAUAUUAAAGCACCAAAAGUGGAAAUUGAAGGCCCAGACAUUGAAGGACCUGAGGCUCUGGAGGUAGACCUUGAAGGACCUGAGGGAAAAAUCAAGGGCCCCAAAUUCAAGAUGCCGUCGAUCUCUGCUCCAAAGAUUUCUAUGCCAGAUGUUGACUUCAAUCUGAAAGGUCCAAAACUGAAAGGUGAUGUUGACGUGUCCAUUCCCAAAGUGGAAGGAGAUAUUAAAGCACCAAAAGUGGAAAUUGAAGGCCCAGAAAUUGAAGGACCUGAGGGUGGUUUUAAGAUGCCAAAGAUCAAAAUGCCAUCAUUCGGAAUGAAGGGUCCAAAACUGGAGGGUCCAGAUGUUGAUGUGAAAAUCCCUAAAGCCGAUAUUGACAUUAAGGCACCAGAUGUGGACAUCAAAGCUCCAGAGUUUGACAUUGAAAGACCUGAAGGAAAAAUCAAAGGCUCCAAAUUCAAGAUGCCAUCAAUCUCUGGCCCAAAUAUUUCUAUGCCAGACAUUGACUUCAAUCUGAAAGGUCCAAAACUGAAAGGUGAUGUUGACGUGUCCAUUCCCAAAGUGGCAGGAGAUAUUAAAGCACCAAAAGUGGAAAUUGAAGGCCCUGAAAUUGAAGGACCUGAGGGUGGUUUUAAGAUGCCAAAGAUCAAAAUGCCAUCAUUCGGAAUGAAGGGUCCAAAACUGGAGGGUCCAGAUGUUGAUGUGAAAAUCCCUAAAGCCGAUAUUGACAUUAAGGCACCAGAUGUGGACAUCAAAGCUCCAGAGGUUGACAUUGAAGGACCUGAGGGAAAAAUCAAGGGCCCCAAAUUCAAGAUGCCAUCGAUCUCUGGCCCAAAUAUAUCUAUGCCAGAUGUUGACUUCAACUUGAAAGGUCCAAAACUGAAAGGUGAUGUUGACAUGUCUGCUCCAAAAGUGAAAGGAGAUAUUAAAGCACCAAAAGUGGAAAUUGAAGCUCCAGAGGUUGACAUUGAAGGACCUGAGGGAAAAAUCAAGGGCCCCAAAUUCAAGAUGCCAUCGAUCUCUGGCCCAAAUAUAUCUAUGCCAGAUGUUGACUUCAACUUGAAAGGUCCAAAACUGAAAGGUGAUGUUGACAUGUCUGCUCCAAAAGUGAAAGGAGAUAUUAAAGCACCAAAAGUGGAAAUUGAAGGCCCAGAAAUUGAAGGACCUGAGGGUGGUUUUAAGAUGCCAAAGUUCAAAAUGCCAUCAUUUGGAAUGAAGGGUCCAAAACUAGAGGGUCCAGAUGUUGAUGUGAAAAUUCCUAAAGCCGAUAUUGACAUUAAGGCACCAGAUGUGGACAUCAAAGCUCCAGAGGUUGACAUUGAAGGACCUGAGGGAAAAAUCAAGGGCCCCAAAUUCAAGAUGCCAUCGAUCUCUGGCCCAAAUGUUUCUAUGCCAGACAUUGACUUCAAUCUGAAAGGUCCAAAACUGAAAGGUGAUGUUGACAUGUCUGCUCCAAAAGUGGCAGGAGAUAUUAAAGCACCAAAAGUGGAAAUUGAAGGCCCAGAAUUGGAAGGUCCUGAGGGUGGUUUUAAGAUGCCUAAGAUCAAAAUGCCAUCAUUCGGAAUGAAGGGUCCAAAAUUGGAGGGUCCAGAUGUUGAUGUGAAAAUCCCUAAACCUGAUAUUGACAUUAAAGCACCAGAUGUGGACAUCAAAGCUCCAGAGGUUGACAUUGAAGGACCUGAGGGAAAAAUCAAGGGCCCCAAAUUCAAGAUGCCAUCGAUCUCUGGCCCAAAUAUAUCUAUGCCAGAUGUUGACUUCAACUUGAAAGGUCCAAAACUGAAAGGUGAUGUUGACAUGUCUGCUCCAAAAGUGAAAGGAGAUAUUAAAGCACCAAAAGUGGAAAUUGAAGGCCCAGAAAUUGAAGGACCUGAGGGUGGUUUUAAGAUGCCAAAGUUCAAAAUGCCAUCAUUUGGAAUGAAGGGUCCAAAACUAGAGGGUCCAGAUGUUGAUGUGAAAAUUCCUAAAGCCGAUAUUGACAUUAAGGCACCAAAUGUGGACAUCAAAGCUCCAGAGGUUGACAUUGAAGGACCUGAGGGAAAAAUCAAGGGCCCCAAAUUCAAGAUGCCAUCGAUCUCUGGCCCAAAUGUUUCUAUGCCAGACAUUGACUUCAAUCUGAAAGGUCCAAAACUGAAAGGUGAUGUUGACAUGUCUGCUCCAAAAGUGGCAGGAGAUAUUAAAGCACCAAAAGUGGAAAUUGAAGGCCCAGAAUUGGAAGGACCUGAGGGUGGUUUUAAGAUGCCUAAGAUCAAAAUGCCAUCAUUCGGAAUGAAGGGUCCAAAAUUGGAGGGUCCAGAUGUUGAUGUGAAAAUCCCUAAACCUGAUAUUGACAUUAAAGCACCAGAUGUGGACAUCAAAGCUCCAGAGGUUGACAUUGAAGGACCUGAGGGAAAAAUCAAGGGCCCCAAAUUCAAGAUGCCAUCGAUCUCUGGCCCAAAUAUAUCUAUGCCAGAUGUUGACUUCAACUUGAAAGGUCCAAAACUGAAAGGUGAUGUUGACAUGUCUGCUCCAAAAGUGAAAGGAGAUAUUAAAGCACCAAAAGUGGAAAUUGAAGGCCCAGAAAUUGAAGGACCUGAGGGUGGUUUUAAGAUGCCAAAGUUCAAAAUGCCAUCAUUUGGAAUGAAGGGUCCAAAACUAGAGGGUCCAGAUGUUGAUGUGAAAAUUCCUAAAGCCGAUAUUGACAUUAAGGCACCAAAUGUGGACAUCAAAGCUCCAGAGGUUGACAUUGAAGGACCUGAGGGAAAAAUCAAGGGCCCCAAAUUCAAGAUGCCAUCGAUCUCUGGCCCAAAUGUUUCUAUGCCAGACAUUGACUUCAAUCUGAAAGGUCCAAAACUGAAAAGUGAUAUUAAAACACCAAAAGUGGAAAUUGAAGGCCCAGAAUUUGAAGGACCUGAGGGUGGUUUUAAGAUGCCUAAGAUCAAAAUGCCAUCAUUCGGAAUGAAGGGUCCAAAAUUGGAGGGUCCAGAUGUUGAUGUGAAAAUCCCUAAAGCCGAUAUUGACUUUAAGGCACCAGAUGUGGACAUCAAAGCUCCAGAGGUUGACAUUGAAGGACCUGAGGGAAAAAUCAAGGGCCCCAAAUUCAAGAUGCCAUCGAUCUCUGGCCCAAAUAUCUCUAUGCCAGAUGUUGACUUCAACUUGAAAGGUCCAAAACUGAAAGGUGAUGUUGACAUGUCUGCUCCAAAAGUGAAAGGAGAUAUUAAAGCACCAAAAGUGGAAAUUGAAGGCCCAGAAAUUGAAGGACCUGAGGGUGGUUUUAAGAUGCCAAAGUUCAAAAUGCCAUCAUUUGGAAUGAAGGGUCCAAAACUAGAGGGUCCAGAUGUUGAUGUGAAAAUCCCUAAAGCCGAUAUUGACAUUAAGGCACCAGAUGUGGACAUCAAAGCUCCAGAGGUUGACAUUGAAGGACCUGAGGGAAAAAUCAAGGGCCCCAAAUUCAAGAUGCCAUCGAUCUCUGGCCCAAAUAUAUCUAUGCCAGAUGUUGACUUCAACUUGAAAGGUCCAAAACUGAAAGGUGAUGUUGACAUGUCUGCUCCAAAAGUGAAAGGAGAUAUUAAAACACCAAAAGUGGAAAUUGAAGGCCCAGAAUUUGAAGGACCUGAGGGUGGUUUUAAGAUGCCUAAGAUCAAAAUGCCAUCAUUCGGAAUGAAGGGUCCAAAAUUGGAGGGUCCAGAUGUUGAUGUGAAAAUCCCUAAAGCCGAUAUUGACAUUAAGGCACCAGAUGUGGACAUCAAAGCUCCAGAGGUUGACAUUGAAGGACCUGAGGGAAAAAUCAAGGGCCCCAAAUUCAAGAUGCCAUCGAUCUCUGGCCCAAAUAUCUCUAUGCCAGAUGUUGACUUCAACUUGAAAGGUCCAAAACUUAAAGGUGAUGUUGACAUGUCUGCUCCAAAAGUGAAAGGAGAUAUUAAAGCACCAAAAGUGGAAAUUAAGGCACCAGAUGUGGACAUCAAAGCUCCAGAGGUUGACAUUGAAGGACCUGAGGGAAAAAUCAAGGGUCCCAAAUUCAAGAUGCCAUCGAUCUCUGGCCCAAAUAUAUCUAUGCCAGAUGUUGACUUCAACUUGAAAGGUCCAAAACUGAAAGGUGAUGUUGACAUGUCUGCUCCAAAAGUGAAAGGAGAUAUUAAAACACCAAAAGUGGAAAUUGAAGGCCCAGAAUUUGAAGGACCUGAGGGUGGUUUUAAGAUGCCUAAGAUUAAAAUGCCAUCAUUCGGAAUGAAGGGUCCAAAAUUGGAGGGUCCAGAUGUUGAUGUGAAAUUCCCUAAACCUGAUAUUGACAUUAAGGCACCAGAUGUGGACAUCAAAGCUCCAGAGGUUGAUAUUGAAGGACCUGAAGGAAAAAUCAAGGGCCCCAAAUUCAAGAUGCCAUCGAUCUCUGGCCCAAAUAUAUCUAUGCCAGAUGUUGACUUCAACUUGAAAGGUCCAAAACUGAAAGGUGAUGUUGACAUGUCUGCUCCAAAAGUGAAAGGAGAUAUUAAAGCACCAAAAGUGGAAAUUGAAGGCCCAGAAAUUGAAGGACCUGAGGGUGGUUUUAAGAUGCCAAAGUUCAAAAUGCCAUCAUUUGGAAUGAAGGGUCCAAAACUAGAGGGUCCAGAUGUUGAUGUGAAAAUCCCUAAAGCCGAUAUUGACAUUAAGGCACCAGAUGUGGACAUCAAAGCUCCAGAGGUUGACAUUGAAGGACCUGAGGGAAAAAUCAAGGGCCCCAAAUUCAAGAUGCCAUCGAUCUCUGGCCCAAAUAUAUCUAUGCCAGAUGUUGACUUCAACUUGAAAGGUCCAAAACUGAAAGGUGAUGUUGACAUGUCUGCUCCAAAAGUGAAAGGAGAUAUUAAAGCACCAAAAGUGGAAAUUGAAGGCCCAGAAAUUGAAGGACCUGAGGGUGGUUUUAAGAUGCCAAAGUUCAAAAUGCCAUCAUUUGGAAUGAAGGGUCCAAAACUAGAGGGUCCAGAUGUUGAUGUGAAAAUCCCUAAAGCCGAUAUUGACAUUAAGGCACCAGAUGUGGACAUCAAAGCUCCAGAGAUUGACAUUGAAGGACCUGAGGGAAAAAUCAAGGGCCCCAAAUUCAAGAUGCCAUCGAUCUCUGGCCCAAAUAUUUCAAUGCCAGACAUUGACUUCAAUCUGAAAGGUCCAAAACUGAAAGGUGAUGUUGACAUGUCUGCUCCAAAAGUGGCAGGAGAUAUUAAAGGUCCAGAUGUUGAUGUGAAAAUCCCUAAAGCCGAUAUUGACAUUAAGGCACCAGAUGUGGACAUCAAAGCUCCAGAGGUUGACAUUGAAGGACCUGAGGGAAAAAUCAAGGGCCCCAAAUUCAAGAUGCCAUCGAUCUCUGGCCCAAAUAUCUCUAUGCCAGAUGUUGACUUCAACUUGAAAGGUCCAAAACUGAAAGGUGAUGUUGACAUGUCUGCUCCAAAAGUGAAAGGAGAUAUUAAAGCACCAAAAGUGGAAAUUGAAGGCCCAGAAAUUGAAGGACCUGAGGGUGGUUUUAAGAUGCCAAAGUUCAAAAUGCCAUCAUUUGGAAUGAAGGGUCCAAAACUAGAGGGUCCAGAUGUUGAUGUGAAAAUCCCUAAAGCCGAUAUUGACAUUAAGGCACCAGAUGUGGACAUCAAAGCUCCAGAGGUUGACAUUGAAGGACCUGAGGGAAAAAUCAAGGGCCCCAAAUUCAAGAUGCCAUCGAUCUCUGGCCCAAAUAUAUCUAUGCCAGAUGUUGACUUCAACUUGAAAGGUCCAAAACUGAAAGGUGAUGUUGACAUGUCUGCUCCAAAAGUGAAAGGAGAUAUUAAAGCACCAAAAGUGGAAAUUGAAGGCCCAGAAUUUGAAGGACCUGAGGGUGGUUUUAAGAUGCCUAAGAUCAAAAUGCCAUCAUUUGGAAUGAAGGGUCCAAAAUUGGAGGGUCCAGAUGUUGAUGUGAAAAUCCCUGAAGCCAAUAUUGACAUUAAGGCACCAGAUGUGGACAUCAAAGCUCCAGAGGUUGACAUUGAAGGACCUGAGGGAAAAAUCAAGGGCCCCAAAUUCAAGAUGCCAUCGCUCUCUGGCCCAAAUAUAUCUAUGCCAGAUGUUGACUUCAACUUGAAAGGUCCAAAACUGAAAGGUGAUGUUGACAUGUCUGCUCCAAAAGUGAAAGGAGAUAUUAAAGCACCAAAAGUGGAAAUUGAAGGCCCAGAAUUGGAAGGACCUGAGGGUGGUUUUAAGAUGCCAAAGUUCAAAAUGCCAUCAUUUGGAAUGAAGAGUCCAAAACUAGAGGCUCCAGAUGUUGAUGUGAAAAUCCCUAAAGCCGAUAUUGACAUUAAGGCACCAGAUGUGGACAUCAAAGCUCCAGAGGUUGACAUUGAAGGACCUGAGGGAAAAAUCAAGGGCCCCAAAUUCAAGAUGCCAUCGCUCUCUGGCCCAAAUAUAUCUAUGCCAGAUGUUGACUUCAACUUGAAAGGUCCAAAACUGAAAGGUGAUGUUGACAUGUCUGCUCCAAAAGUGAAAGGAGAUAUUAAAGCACCAAACGUGGAAAUUGAAGGCCCAGAAAUUGAAGGACCUGAGGGUGGUUUUAAGAUGCCAAAGUUCAAAAUGCCAUCAUUUGGAAUGAAGGGUCCAAAACUAGAGGGUCCAGAUGUUGAUGUGAAAAUCCCUAAAGCCGAUAUCGACAUUAAGGCACCAGAUGUGGACAUCAAAGCUCCAGAGAUUGACAUUGAAGGACCUGAGGGAAAAAUCAAGGGCCCCAAAUUCAAGAUGCCAUCGAUCUCUGGCCCAAAUAUUUCUAUGCCAGACAUUGACUUCAAUCUGAAAAGUCCAAAACUGAAAGGUGAUGUUGACAUGUCUGCUCCAAAAGUGGCAGGAGAUAUUAAAGCACCAAAAGUGGAAAUUGAAGGCCCAGAAAUUGAAGGACCUGAGGGUGGUUUUAAGAUGCCAAAGUUCAAAAUGCCAUCAUUUGGAAUGAAGGGUCCAAAACUAGAGGGUCCAGAUGUUGAUGUGAAAAUCCCUAAAGCCGAUAUUGACAUAAAGGCACCAGAUGUGGACAUCAAAGCUCCAGAGGUUGACAUUGAAGGACCUGAGGGAAAAAUCAAGGGCCCCAAAUUCAAGAUGCCAUCGAUCUCUGGCCCAAAUAUUUCUAUGCCAGACAUUGACUUCAAUCUGAAAAGUCCAAAACUGAAAGGUGAUGUUGACAUGUCUGCUCCAAAAGUGAAAGGAGAUAUUAAAGCACCAAAAGUGGAAAUUGAAGGCCCAGAAUUUGAAGGACCUGAUGGUGGUUUUAAGAUGCCAAAGAUCAAAAUGCCAUCAUUCGGAAUGAAGGGUCCAAAAUUGGAGGGUCCAGAUGUUGAUGUGAAAAUCCCUAAAGCCGAUAUUGACAUUAAGGCACCAGAUGUGGACAUCAGAGCUCCAGAGAUUGACAUUGAAGGACCUGAGGGAAAAAUCAAGGGCCCCAAAUUCAAGAUGCCAUCGAUCUCUGGCCCAAAUAUUUCUAUGCCAGACAUUGACUUCAAUCUGAAAAGUCCAAAACUGAAAGGUGAUGUUGACAUGUCUGCUCCAAAAGUGGCAGGAGAUAUUAAAGCACCAAAAGUGGAAAUUGAAGGCCCAGAAUUUGAAGGACCUGAUGGUGGUUUUAAGAUGCCAAAGAUCAAAAUGCCAUCAUUCGGAAUGAAGGGUCCAAAAUUGGAGGGUCCAGAUGUUGAUGUGAAAAUCCCUAAAGCCGAUAUUGACAUUAAGGCACCAGAUGUGGACAUCAAAGCUCCAGAGGUUGACAUUGAAGGACCUGAGGGAAAAAUCAAGGGCCCCAAAUUCAAGAUGCCAUCGAUCUCUGGCCCAAAUAUUUCUAUGCCAGACAUUGACUUCAACUUGAAAGGUCCAAAACUGAAAGGUGAUGUUGACAUGACGGCUCCAAAAGUGAAAGGAGAUAUUAAAGCACCAAAAGUGGAAAUUGAAGGCCCAGAAAUUGAAGGACCUGAGGGUGGUUUUAAGAUGCCAAAGAUCAAAAUGCCAUCUUUCGGAAUGAAGGGUCCAAAACUGGAGGGUCCAGAUGUUGAUGUGAAAAUCCCUAAAACUGAUAUUGACAUUAAGGCACCAGAUGUGGACAUCAAAGCUCCAGAGGUUGACAUUGAAGGACCUGAGGGAAAAAUCAAGGGCCCCAAAUUCAAGAUGCCAUCGAUCUCUGGCCCAAAUAUUUCUAUGCCAGACAUUGACUUUAAUUUGAAAGGUCCAAAACUGAAAGGUGAUCUUGACAUGUCCGUUCCAAAAGUGUCAGGAGAUAUUAAAGCACCAAAAGUGGAAAUUGAAGGCCCAGAAAUUGAAGGACCUGAGGGUGGUUUUAAGAUGCCAAAGAUCAAAAUGCCAUCAUUCGGAAUGAAAGGUACAAAACUGGAGGGUCCAGAUGUUGAUGUGAAAAUCCCUAAAGCCGAUAUUGACAUUAAGGCACCAGAUAUGGACAUCAAAGCUCCAGGGCUUGACAUUGAAGGACCUGAGGGAAAAAUCAAGGGCCCCAAAUUCAAGAUGCCAUCAAUCUCUGGUCCAAAUAUUUCUAUGCCAGAUGUUGAUUUCAAUCUGAAAGGACCAAAACUGAAAGGUGAUGUUGAUGUGUCUGUUCCAAAACUGGAAGGAGAAAUUAAAGCCCCAGAUGUGAAUAUUAAGGGUCCAGAACUUGAUAUCGAAUUACCAGAAGGAAAGAUCAAGGGCCCCAAAGUCAAGAUGCCAUCAAUAUCUGGUCCUGAAGGUCCAAAUGUUGAGGUUAAUUUUCCAGAAACAAAUGUCAAGAAGUCUAAAUUCAAAAUGCCCAAGUUUGGAUUUAAAGGGCCGAAGAUUGAAGCACCUGAUGUUGAUGUCAAAUUUCCGAAAGGAUCUAAAGUGAAAGGUCAAGCGGGUGUCAGUUUGGAAGGUGAUGUAAAUAUGCCAAAAGUGGAAGUUGAUUCUUCAAGUAUAGAAGUUAAAAGUCCAGAGGGAGGAUUCAAGAUGCCAAGAUUUAAAAUGCCAAAGUUCGGUUUUAAGUCACCCAAAGGAGAAAUUGAUGUCAGUGUACCUAGUGGUGACAUUGGUUUAAAAUCAUCUGAAAUUGACAUCAAGACUCCUGAUCUUGAUGUUGAGGGACAAAUCAAGGGCACCAAAUUCAAAAUGCCAUCGAUCUCUGGCCCAAAUAUUUCUAUGCCAGAUGUAGACUUCAACUUGAAAAGUCCAAAAGUCAAGGGUGAUAUUGAUGUUUCUGGACCCAAUAUUGCAGGUGACAUAAAGGCUCCAAAAGUGGACUUUGAAGGACCUGAUGUUCAGAUAGAGGGCCCAGAAGGUGGCAUCAAAAUGCCUAAAAUCAAAAUGCCAACAUUUGGGCUCAAAGGUCCUAAAGUGGAGGGCCCAGAUGUUGACAUCAAUUUCCCCAAAGCAGAUGUUGAUAUUAAAGGACCUGAAAUUGACAUCAAAACUCCAGAUCUUGACAUUGAAGGACCUGAGGGCAAAAUAAAAGGUCCCAAGUAUAAAAUGCCUUCCGUAUCCGGUCCAAAAAUCUCUAUGCCAGAUGUAGAUUUCAACUUGAAAAGUCCAAAAGUCAAGGGUGAUAUGGAUCUUUCUGUACCAAAGAUUUCAGGGGAUGUAAAGGCACCAAAAAUAGACAUUGAAUGUCCUGAUGUUGAUUUUGAGGGCCCAGAAGGUGGCUUCAAGAUGCCUAAAAUGAAAAUGCCAUCAUUUGGACUCAAAGGUCCUAAAGUGGAGGGCCCAGAUGUUGACAUCAAUCUCCCCAAAGCAGAUGUUAACAUUAAAGGACCUGAAAUUGACAUUAAAGCUCCUGAUCUUGACAUCGAGGGACCGGAGGGCAAAAUCAAAGGUCCCAAGUUUAAAAUGCCUUCCAUAUCAGUUCCAAAAAUGUCUAUGCCAGAGGUCAACUUAAAAGGCCCCCAAAUAAAAGGUGAUAUGGAUGUUUCAGUACCUAAGAUUUCAGGAGACAUAAAGGCACCAAAAGUGGACAUUGAAUGUCCUGAUGUAGAUAUUGAGGGCCCAGAAGGUGGCUUCAAGAUGCCUAAAAUGAAAAUGCCAUCAUUUGGACUCAAAGGUCCUAAAGUGGAGGGCCCAGAUGUUGACAUCAAUCUCCCCAAAGCAGAUGUUAACAUUAAAGGACCUGAAAUUGACAUUAAAGCUCCUGAUCUUGACAUCGAGGGACCGGAGGGCAAAAUCAAAGGUCCCAAGUUUAAAAUGCCUUCCAUAUCAGUUCCAAAAAUGUCUAUGCCAGAGGUCAACUUAAAAGGUCCCCAAAUAAAAGGUGAUAUGGAUGUUUCAGUACCUAAGAUUUCAGGGGACAUAAAGGCACCAAAAGUGGACAUUGAAUGUCCUGAUGUAGAUAUUGAGGGCCCAGACGGUGGCUUCAAGAUGCCUAAAAUGAAAAUGCCAUCAUUUGGACUCAAAGGUCCUAAAGUGGAGGGCCCAGAUGUUGACAUCAAUCUCCCCAAAGCAGAUGUUAACAUUAAAGGACCUGAAAUUGACAUUAAAGCUCCUGAUCUUGACAUCGAGGGACCGGAGGGCAAAAUCAAAGGUCCCAAGUUUAAAAUGCCUUCCAUAUCAGUUCCAAAAAUGUCUAUGCCAGAGGUCAACUUAAAAGGCCCCCAAAUAAAAGGUGAUAUGGAUGUUUCAGUACCUAAGAUUUCAGGGGACAUAAAGGCACCAAAAGUGGACCUUGAAGGUCCUGAUGUUGAUAUUGAGGGCCCAGAAGGUGGCUUUAAGAUGCCUAAAAUGAAAAUGCCAUCAUUUGGACUCAAAGGUUCUAAAGUGGAGGGCCCAGAUGUUGACAUCAAUCUCCCCAAAGCAGAUGUUGACAUUAAAGGACCUGAAUUUGACAUUAAAGCUCCUGAUCUUGACAUCGGGGGACCGGAGGGAAAAAUCAAAGGUCCCAAGUUUAAAAUGCCUUCCAUGUCCGUUCCAAAAAUGUCUAUGCCAGAGGUCAACUUAAAAGGCCCCAAAAUAAAAGGUGAUAUGGAUGUUUCAGUACCUAAGAUUUCAGGCGACAUAAAGGCACCAAAAGUGGACAUUGAAGGUCCUGAUGUUGAUAUUGAGGGCCCAGAAGGUGGCUUCAAGAUGCCUAAAAUCAAAAUGCCAUCAUUUGGAUUCAAAGGUCCUACUGUGGAGGGCACAGAUGUUGACAUCAAUCUCCCCAAAGCAGAUGUUGACAUUAAAGGACCUGAAAUUGACAUUAAAGCUCCCGAUAUUGACAUUGAGGGACCUGAGGGCAAAAUCAAAGGUCCUAAGUUUAAAAUGCCUACCAUAUCGGGUGCAAAAAUGUCUAUGCCAGAUGUCAACUUAAAAGGCCCCAAAGUCAAGGGUGAUGUGGAUGUUUCAGGUGACAUAAAGAGACCAAAAGUGGACUUUGAAGGUCCUGAUGUUGAAAUUGAGGGCCCAGAAGGUGGCAUCAAGAUGCCUAAAAUCAAAAUGCCAUCAUUUGGUCUCAAAGGUCCUAAAGUGGAGGGCCCAGAUGUUGACAUCAAUCUCCCCAAAGCAGAUGUUGACAUUAAAGGACCUGAAAUUGAUAUUAAAGCUCCUGAUCUUGACAUUGAAGGACCUGAGGGUGGUUCAAAACAUGUUAAGUUCCCAAAAUUCAAAGGUCCCAACUUUGGAAUGAAGCCUUCAGAUGGCAAUCUUUCAAUACCUGAAAAAGAUAUAGGGGCAAGUAUUGAUGUCAAAAGCCCUGAUGUCAACAUCAGUGGACCAGAUGCAAAUAUGAAGGUGCCAAAAAUGAAGAAAUCUAAAUUCUCGCUUGGAGUUAAGAGCCCAAAAUUAGAUGCAGAUAUUCCUGAUGCUGGUGGUAGUGUAGAAGGACCUGAUAUGAACAUAAAUGUGAAAGGAAAGAAAGGUAAAUUCAAAUUGGCCAAAGGGAAGGGGAAGAUUGAAACCAUCAAGGUGGAGGCAAAUGAACCUGACUUACAGAUGAAGUCAACCAAAGUAAAGAAACCUCUUUUUGGAAGGUUACAUUUUCCUGAUGUGGAAUUUGACAUCAAAUCUUCAAAGGCUAAAGGUAGUUCAUCUGCCUCUGGAACUAUAAAAUCAUCUGCUGAUUUGCCUUCUGCCAGCCUUAAAACUGAUAUUCAGACACCAGAUGCUAGUUUGGACAGUCCUGAUUUCAAAACAAAAGGAGGAAAAAUCAAAAUGCCCAAAGUUGGCAUCUCUGGCUCUGAAAUAAAAACUCCUGAACUGGUUGUUAGAGAUGCAGCUUUAGAGGUUCCAGAAAAGACCUUUCAAUCCCCAGAUUUCAGUGUAGCAGGAUCAGACAUUAAUGGAAAAGGCAAGGCUAAAUUUGACAUAGGAGGAAAAAUACAGGAUGUUGAGUUGAGAGGGCCUACUGUAAAUGUCCAUGGUGGUGCAUUAGAUGCUGAUUUAAGUCUCACAGAGCAAAAAGGAGUAAAAGGGAGCAUUGAAAUACCAGGCUUUAAUGUAAGAGGACAAAAGGGAGAGACUGCAAGUGGGUUAGACAUGAAGCCAGAUGCAUCAUUAUCUGGUGUGAUGGAGUACCAAGAAGGUAAUGUAACCUUUCCUAAAAUCAAAGUACCAAAGUUUGGUGUUGCAUUGCCUAAAGUAGAUGGAGGUGAGAUGAGAGUUGAUGUAGGUUCAAGUGAAUUGGCUACAGGUUCUCAAGUUUCUUCCCAAAGUCUGGAAAUGGAGAACACUGAUAUGAAAAGCAGUGGUGGAAAAGUGAAAGUCAAAAUGCCAAAAUUAUUUGUCAAAUCUAAAUCCAAAGUUGGCAGUGCAGCUGAUCUUACUGUUGAGGGAGAAGGUGUUGAUGUUACAAGUAAAGGUGGUGCAAAGGUGUCUAAAGAGUUGAGCCUUAGUUCUGGGGAAUUGACAAGUGGCAAGUUAGCAGUAGAGGGAAGCUCUGGGUUUAAAGUUUCACCAAAGAGUAAAUCUGCCUCCCUUGACCUCUUCAAAAAAACACAUCACUCAUCUUCUGUAAGUGACGAGGGAGGUUUAGCUUCCCCUGUUUCUGCUGAAGGCCACUUACAGGCAGAGGGUGGCAACAUUUCAGGUGAUGUUGGAGAAAAGGCCAAAGGAAAAAAAGGAAAGUUGAAGUUUGCUACAAUUGGAGGUUUUAGCUCAAAAAGUAAAGGUUCAUAUGAAGUGACAGAUGAAAGUGAGGUUAUGAUUGAGGGUGCUGGUGUAGUUGCUCAGACUUCAAAGAAGUCCAGAAUGUCAUCAUCAUCCAGCAGUGAUAGUGGUACAAAAGGCAGUUUUCGAUUUCCACAACUCGAAUUAGCUAUGUCACCAAAGAAAUAG